AUGCUCUCCUUGAGGGAUUCCCUGGCGGGCCCAGGAUACGUGAUUCUCAAUGCCAUUCGGGUCAUGAAUAUCAUCGCCUUGCUUGACAUUAUCGCUGCCAGCGUGGUGAUGCUGGUCAAAAUAUCCACUGUGAACGCCUUUUUCUUUUUCGAAGCUGUCACUCAUGCCGUGACAAUCGUAAUCAGCAUUUUCCUCAUCGUCUCCGAGCUUCCCAUCUUCACCCGCUACUUCGACCGCAACUGGCCACUAUUGGGGCAGGAAUCAGGAUUCGUUGCUCUUGCUGCGGUGAUGAUGAUACUCGGGGUCGUGGUUCUGGGCGAUCUCAAUAGGCCCUCUGAAAGCCUUGGGCUUGCGUUUUGGAGGAUUAUCGUCUCCGCAGGAAUCCUAGCAUUGGUCAUGAGUGCCAUCAACUUGGCUUCCAGCUUCAUCUUCGCAGACCGCAGUGCCGGUGUCAGCGCUCGCCAUGUCCGUAUUUACGGCGCUGUCGCUCCUCAAAAAGUGAUCACCCGCUCCGACAGUUAUCGAUCGUUCCAGCUGAGCGUGAAGCGGGAAGACUCUCUACCGACAUAUAACGAUAGCUCAUAUUCUUCCGUCCGGAGACCGAUGUCUAUACGCAGCGGGACCCGAAUCGCCCGACUGCCAUUGAAGAUCUCGUCGCCGGAUGAAGCAAAAAGCGAUACUUCCUCAAAGUACUCCAAGGACGAUGGAGUCACCGUGCCUAACCUGGCUCAUCAUCCAGCAAUGUGUUCGGGGCAUAUUUGA